UAUUGAUAACAAAGACGAUCGUCUUCAGUUAUUAAGUGACAUUCCUGGUUAAGUGAAUAAGUUUUUUAAGAUCAAAAGUAUUAUAAAUUGAAGAAAAUGUUGUGUAUAUUAAUUAUUAUUUUUUUGACUGACGGCGCUUUCACUGAGUCAAUAAGUCCAGGUCACUGUCCAAAUAUAACAUUGGAUAGACAAUUGGACCUAAGUAAAUACCAAGGGCAGUGGUAUGAAUACAAAAGAAGCUCUAUUAUUUGGAGUAAUGCAGAUAAAUGUACGUCAUUGAAAUGGAGGAGAAUUGGAAAUCAGUGGACUAUCACGUCUUCAGGCAUUUCAUCAUUGGCUAAUAGUGGUUCAAAGUCAACUACAUUUUCAAAAACGUCACUCAUCGGUAAUAGUAAAAUUGGUGUCACGAAUUAUUCAGCUGUUUUGGGUGUAUCGUAUAGAGAAUAUUAUAUUCUUGAGACAGACAACGAAAACUAUUCAAUUAUUUGGAGUUGCGAAAAUAAAGGAAAAGGACACAUCAGAAAUGCUUGGAUCCUCACAAGAAAAAUAAAUCCCACGGUAAAUAUUGAAAAAAUAGCUAAAAGGGUAUUUGGUACGCAUUGCAUUGAAAUGCCGCCAAUGUCAAGAGUCGAUCACUAUAAUUGCUAAAAGUAUUAAUGAAUUUUGAAUUUAACCAAAAUGUAAAUCAAAUCUAGAAUAGUAAUUAUUUAUUGUAUUAGUCGUACUCAAUAAAAAAGCGUAAAGAAUUUCAUUUGAAUAAAAGUUCAA